UGUGUAUUGUGUGUCCUAGGUGUGUGUGGUCAGUCAGUCCAGACGGAAGCCGGACAGUCAGGGUACGUGGGCUCUAAGGUGGAUCUACCAUGUAUGUUUAUCAACAGCAUCCCACCUGUCAAGAUCUCACAGGUGACAUGGCAGAAGGUGAUUAAUGGAAAGAAACUGAACGUGGCCAUAGCUAACCCGUCUCUAGGCGUGUCUGUGGCUCCGCCCUUCAAAGACAGAGUCAGCUUCAAAAACCCUGUGGUGCGGAGGAAAACUCCGUCCCUGGAGGACACCACUCUGACCCUCUCGUCUCUGCGACUGUCUGACGAGGCCAGAUACAUCUGUGAAUACACCACCUUCCCUGCUGGCAACCGCGAAAACACGGUCAACCUCACAGUCUACGCCCGACCUUUGACCCAGAUGAGUUUGUCGACACCCACACUGGUAGCUCGAUCGUCCAAUCUGAAGACGCCGGUCGCCACCUGCCUCUCGGCCAAUGGGAAGCCUCCAGGAACCAUCAGGUGGGAGACGCGUGUGCGUGGUGAGGCGACCACCCAGGAGAUCCGUAACUCUGAUGGGACGAUCACGGUGCGAAGCGACUUCAUCCUAGUACCCAGCAAGAACACACACCUGGAGACACUCACCUGUAUCACCUCCUAUAACCAGGAGACAUACACCGACUCUGUCACGCUGGACAUACAGUAUGAACCAGAGGUGUCAGUGGAGGGGUUCGAUGGGAACUGGUACCUGGACCGUCAGAAUGUUGAGCUCACAUGUCUGACCGACGCCAACCCACCUGUCUCUCUGUUCCAGUGGAGAAUGUUGAAUGGUUCCAUACCGAACAGUGUCGAGAUCCGUGACAGUGUCCUGUUAUUUAAAGGACCAAUCAGAUACGAGGUAGGAGGGACUUAUGUCUGCGACGCAACCAAUAGCAUCGGGACAAGCUCCGCCUUCAUGGAGGUCAGCAUCACAGAAGAGCCACUGCCCCAGGUGGGAACGGGUGAUGUCUUCAGUGUUCUGGGCAUGCUAUUGGCUGUGGGGCUGAUUCUGGGCGUGGCGAUCACUGUGCUGCUUCUUAACAGGAGAAAACAGAGGGGAGAGAUGGAAACUGACUCGACAGACUCUGCUCCUUCUCUUAAACUGGCUUCUCCUCCUGCCAGGAGAAGACCUGGUGAUGAGAUCCAGCGGUCAGGGAGGGUGUAUGAGGACCUCCCCAACACAGCGGACUAUGUCAGCUACCGACUGGCCUGCAACAAGGAUGAUUACCCAGAACCCUACUCUCCCCCCAUCAACCCUCCCCUCUCCCUCCCCGACUCUCCACCUAUCAACCCUCCCCUCUCCUUCCUCUCCCAGCACGCCUACACCCACUCCAACAAUACCUUCUCCCCCGCCUCCCAUCCCUCCUCUGUCUUCAGAUAUCCUUCCCUCCCCUCCCUAUCCCCCCCUCCCGGCCUUGCACCCUACACCUUCCCUAAAGAACAGUAUGUCUGACCUGUAUCCCCUGACCUGUAACACCUCUUUAGAGACCAUGGACCAACAGCUUUUCUCCAUCUUCUGUUCCUCUCUCCUUCAUCUUCUGUUCAUCCACUGACCUCUGAAUGUUUUCUAAUCCUAGAUAUGACUCUGUGUGUGUGUUUAAAGUGCAUUUUGUGCAAGGGGGUAUUGUCAUGCUGAAACAGGAAAGCACCUUCCCCAAACUGUUACCACAAAGUUGGAAGCACAGAAUUCAAUGUUAUUGAAUUAUUUCCCUUCACUGGAACUAAGAUGCCUCGCCCGAACCAUGAAGAACUGCCCCAGACCAUUAUUCCUCCUCCACCAAACUUUACAGUUGGCACUAUGCAUACAGACAGGAAGCGUUCUCCUGGCAUCCACCAAACUUUACAGUUGGCACUAUGCAUACAGGCAGGAAGCGUUGUCCUGGCAUCCACCAAACCCAGAUUCCUCGGGCUGCCAGAUAACGAAGCGUGAUUCAUAACUCCAGCGAACGUGUUUCCACUGCUCCAAAGUCCAAUGGCGGCGAGAUUUACACCAGUCCAACCAACGCUUGGCACAUGGUGAUCUUAGGCUUGUGUGCGGCUGCUCGGCCAUUUAAUGAACCUCCCGACGAACAGUUCUUGUGCUGACGUUGCUUCCAGAAGCAGUUUGGAACUCAGUAGUGAGUGUUGCAACCGAUGACAGGCGAUUUUUACGUGAUAUGCGCCACAGUCCCGUUUUGUGAGCUUAUGUGGCCUAUCAUUUCACAGGUGAGCCGCUGUUGCUCCUAGACAUUUCCACUUCACAAUAACAGCACUUACAGUUGACCGGGGCAGCUCUAGCAGGGCAGACUUUUGACGAACUGACUUGUUGGAAAGGUGGCAUCCUUUGACGGUGCCAUGUUGAAAGUCACCAAGGUCUUCAGUAAGGCCAUUCUACUGUGAAUGUUUGCGUGUGGAAAUUGCAUGGGUGUUCGAUUUUAUACGCCUGUCAGCAACGGGUGAAAUAGCGUAUAUGAUGAUUGUAUGUGAGUGGGUGUGUCAGUAUACUGUAUGUAUAUGUACAUAUUAUGUGUGUGUAUGCAGAUGGAGUCAGUGUUUUUUAUGUGUGUUGGACUAUUAGUGUGUAGGGCCCUGUGAGUGUGCCUAGAGACUGUGCAAAAAUAAAAAUACAAUAAAAAGGUCUUCUCCGAUAGUCCAUGUAGCCAUUUUGUUAGCUAUUUAGUUAGCUAUUUAGAAGUCUUAUGGCAUGGGGAUAGAAGCCGUUCAGGAGCCUGUUGAUGUCAGACUUGAUGCACCGGUACCACGCACUGCGCGGAAGCAGAGAGAACAGUCUAUGGCUUGGGUGGUUGGAGUCUUUAAUGAUUUUCCAGGCCUUCCUUUCACACCACCUGAUAUAGAGGUGCUGGAUGGCAGGGAGCUCGGCCCCAGUGAUGUACUGGUCUGUCCGCACCACCACCUGAUAUAGAGGUCCUGGAUGGCAUGGAGCUCGGCCCCAGUGAUGUACUGGUCUGUCCGCACCACCACCUGGUAUAGAGGUCCUGGAUGGCAUGGAGCUCGGCCCCAAUGAUGUACUGGUCUGUCCGCACCACCCUCUAUAGCAGCAUGUGAUCAAGGGCGGUGCCAUUGCCAUACCAAGCAGUAAUACAGCCAGUCAAUAUGCUCUCAAUGGUACAGCUGUAGAACUUUUUGAGGAUUUGAGGGCCCAUGGUAAACCUAUCGCACCUUCUUCACGAUUGUGCGCGUAUGUGAAGACCAUUUUAUGUUGUUUUGUGAUAUGGAUACUGUGAAAUCCGUUUCCUGUAGUCUUCUUGCUCUUGUUGACAUUGAGGGAGAGGUUGUUGUUCCGGCACCACACUGCCAGUUCACUGACCUCCUUCCCUGUCGGCUGUCUCAUUGCGGUAGGUGAUCUGUCGUACUACGGCCAUGAUAUCUGCAAACUUGAUGAUGAUGUUGGAGUCGUGUUUGGCCAUGCAGUAGUGGUUGAACAGGGAGUACAGGAGGUGCCUAUGCACGCACCCCUGAGGGGACCCAGUGUUGAGGAUCAGCGUUGCAAAGGGGAUGUUAACUACCCUCACCACUUGGGCUCGGCCCGUCAGGAAGUCCAGGAUCCAGUUGCAGAGGGAGGUGUUCAGUCCCAGGGUCCUACGGUUGGUGAGGAGCUUGCAUUGGACAAUGGUGUUGAACUCGUGUUUGUGUUUGUGUGUCUCUGUAAGUAAACAACAUCUAGCUUCAAAAUAUGCUGCAUUUCUUCAGGUUGAAAAGCAAUUGACAUGCUUUAAAUCACAGGUCACAGUACAAUAAACCUUCAGAUGCACAACUAACCCUAACCUUAACCCAAACCCAGAUCUCUAGUAGGAAUUUACCCCCAAACCCAGACCUCUAGUAGGACAUCACCCAAACCCCGACCUCUAGUAGGACAUUACCCCCAAACCCAGACCUCUAGUAGGAAUUUACCCCCAAACCCAGACCUCUAGUAGGACAUUACCCCAAACCCAGACCUCUAGUAGGACAUUACCCCCAAACCCAGACCUCUAGUAGGACAUUACCCCCAAACCCAGACCUCUAGUAGGACAUUACCCCAAACCAAACCCUCUAGUAGGACAUUACCCCAAACCCAGCCCUCUAGCAGGACAUUACCCCAAACUGAAAGCUCUAGUAGGACAUUACCUCCAAACCCAACCCUCUAGUAGGACAUUACCCCCAAACCCAGAAGUCUAGUAGGACAUUACCCCAAAUCGAGACAUCUAGUAAGACAUUACCCUGAAACACUAGUAGGACAUUACUCCAAACCCAGACCUUAAAGAAGGACAUUACCCCCAAACUCUAGUAGGGCAUUACCCCAAACCCAGACCUCUAGUAGGACAUUACCCCAAAACCAGACCUCUAGUAGGACAUUACCCCAAACCGAAAGCUCUAGUAGGACAUUACCCCAAACCCAGACCUCUAGUAGGACAUUACCCCCAACCCAGACCUCUAGUAGGACAUUACCCCAAACCCAGACCUCUAGUAGGACAUUACCCCAAACCGAAAGCUCUAGUAGGACAUUACCCCAAACCCAGACCUCUAGUAGGACAUUACCCCCAAACCCAACCCUCUAGUAGGACAUUACCCCCAAACCCAGACCUCUAGUAGGACAUUACCCCCAAACCCAACCCUCUAGUAGGACAUUACCCCCAAACCCAACCCUCUAGUAGGAAUAUACCCCAAACCCAAAGCUCCAGUAGGACAUUACCCCAAACCCAGACCUCUAGUAGGACAUUACCCCAAACCCUGACCUCUAGUAGGACAUUACCCCAAACCCAGACCUCUAGUAGGACAUUACCCCCAAACCCAGACCUCUAGUAGGACAUUACCCCAAACCCAGACCUCUAGUAGGACAUUACUCCUAACCCAGACCUCUAGUAGGACAUUACCCCAAACCGAAAGCUCUAGUAGGACAUUAACUAAACCCAGACCUCUAGUAUGACAUUACUUCAAACCCAGAUCUCUAGUUAGACAUUACCCCAAACCGAAAGCUCUAGUAGGACAUUGCCCCAAAUCGAGACAUCUAGUAGGACAUUACCCCAAAUCCAGACCUCUAGUAAGACAUUACCCCAAAACACUAGUAGGACAGUACUCCAAACCCAGACCUUAUAGUAGGACAUUACCCCCAAACUCUAGUAGGACAUUACCCCAAUCCAGACCUCUAGUAGACAUUACCCCAAAACCAAAGCUCCAGUAGGACAUUACCCUAAACCCAACCCUCUAGUAGGACAUUACCCCAAUCCAGACCUCUAGUAGGACAUUACACCCAAACUCUAGUAGGACAUUACCCUAACCCAGACCUCUAGUAGGACAUUACCCCGAAACCCAGACCUCUAGUAGGACAUUACCCCAAACCCAGACCUCUAGUAGGACAUUACCCCCAAACCCAACCCUCUAGUAGGACAUUACCCCCAAACCCAACCCUCUAGUAGGACAUUACCCCCAAACCCAACCCUCUAGUAGGACAUCACCCCAAACCAAACCCUCUAGUAGGACAUUACUCCUAACCCAGACCUCUAGUAGGACAUUACCCCAUACCAAACCCUCUAGUAGGACAUUACCCCCAAACCCAGACCUCUAGUAGGACAUUACCCCAAACCCAACCCUCUAGUAGGACAUUACCCCAAACCCAGACCUCUAGUAGGACAUUACCCCCAAACCCAGACCUCUAGUAGGACAUUACCCCAAACCCAGACCUCUAGUAGGACAUUACCCCCAAACCCAGACCUCUAGUAGGAUAUUACUCCUAACCCAGACCUCUAGUAGGACAUUACCCCAAACCGAAAGCUCUAGGAGGACAUUACCCUAACCCAGAUCUCUAGUAGGACAUUACCCCAAACCCAACCCUCUAGUAGGACAUUACCCCAAACCCAGACCUCUAGUAGGACAUUACUCCUAACCCAGACCUCUAGUAGGACAUUACCCCCAAACCCAGACCUCUAGUAGGACAUUACCCCAAACCCAGACCUCUAGUA